AUGCAUCUCGCUUUCCUUGCCGUGAUCGCCGCAGGUGUCAAUGCCAUUGCGAUUCCAAAUCCGCAGGGUGCUCAAGUCGCGAGUAUCGGGCAGUGUCCGAAAGACUGUUGGAACGAGAGCGCCGGACUCGUUGAUUGCGAUCCUGAAGCGGACGACGAGUGCUUGUGCGGCAUCUUCUUCGACCUCGUGACAAACUGCGUCUCGCAGACGUGCAGUCUGACUGAUAAUCUUGGUAUGUCCAUUGCUGAUCCCAUGGUUCUACCAUGUCAGUGA